AUGUUCGCAUUGAAUGCAGGCGGGAACGUCACACUUCCUUGUGUGGUAGAUGGAUUCGCAAAGCCAGAUAUUGCAUGGGUUUUCUAUAGCUCCAAUUCAUCAAUACCGCCCCGUAAACUGAAAACAGCAGAUCCAUCAGGCUCUUUGUCAUUAAGAACAAUACAACAUGACAGUGAAGGACGUUAUGUUUGCGAAGUAACUAACAUUGGUGGCAAUGAUACAAUCACUUAUGAAAUAGAAGUUCUCGAACCCCCUGUGAUAGACAAGAAAAUAAAAGAAAUACGAACACUUCAGAGAGGUGCUGUUCGUAUUGAAUGCAGAUUGCUACAAGGUAAACCAAAACCGGUGGUACGGUGGUUCUACCAAACACCCCAAGGAAAUAAGGAAAUGGAUGCACAUUCAGGAGAAGACCACAUCAUUCUUUAUAACGUCACGACGAAAAUGUCGGGCACUUACAGAUGUGAAGCUCACAAUUCUGUAGGUAACGAUUCACAUUCUACGAAAAUUGUUGUGGACUAUCCACCAGUCUUUGGACCUGAAGAUCCAAAUAUCGAAGCCAAAGAAGCUGAUGAAAUAACAAUCCAUUGCAGCGUAGUAGGUGAACCUACCCCUAAAGUUACGUGGUUUGUCAAUGACACUGGAAUUGAUACAAAACGUUUCAGUAUUGAUGAAUUUCACAAUUUGACGUAA